AUGCCCAUUUCGCACUUCCGCCCUCAACUUGUCAAAAGCUCGACCAUGGCGCGCAUCGCGGCCAACGCCUCUGCUUCUCGCACUCUCCCACUUGUGCACGCCAGGAUGUUCUCGCACACCGGCCCAAAGAGCAAGGACCCCACCUUCUCUAACCAGGACAAGCUCCCCCGCCUCCCCGUCCCCAAGCUUGAGGACGCCGUUGAGGUUUACUUCAAGUCGCUCCAGCCCCUCCUUGAGCAAAAGUACUCUGCCGCCGAGCUGCCCAAAGAGAUUGAGAAGCGUCGCCUGAUUGUUAACGACUUUGCUGCCAAGGGCGGUAUCGGCCAUGCUCUCCACGAGCGUCUGACGGACCUCGACGAGAUUUCGCCCAACAACUGGCUCGAUGACACGCUCUGGCUCGCGCUCGCGUACCACACGUGGCGCGCCCCCAUGCUCGUCAACUCGAACUGGUUCCUCACCUUCCAGCCCGACCCCAAGGACGCCCCGCCCCCCACCGCCGAGGGCGCGUCCAACAACACUCCCCUCCCUCUCAAUGCCCUCCCUCUCUCCUCUGUCCCUGCCGGGUCGCAGGGUGGUGGUGAGGAGUGGGUCAAGUCUCACACCGACAAGUCGGACUACUACCAGCCGGUCGCGUACGAGGAGGUCACGAAGCAGGAGUGGAACACUCCCUGGCAGCUCCGCCGCGCGUCGUGGAUCAUCUCCCGCUUCGCCCAGUACCGCGCCAUGGUCGACCGCCAGCAGAUUGGCCCGGACAUCACCAAGGCUGGGCCUCUCGACAUGAACCAGUACAAGCUGCUGUUCAACAUCUCUCGCAUCCCUCUCCCUGGGACUGACGCGUUCUCGCGCCAGGACAACAAGGCUCGCCACGUCACUGUCCUCAUCAACGACUUUAUCUACUCGGUUGACGUCUUUGGGCAGCCGGGUACCGACGGCGUCGCCGACGCGCUUCCUCCAGCGGAGAUCGAGCGCCUCCUCCAGGAGGUCUCGGAGGACGCUCGCAAGCGCUCCGAGGAGGGCGAGGAGGCGUCCAUGGUCGGCGUCCUCACUGCCGACCACCGCGACACUUGGGCCGUCAACCGCGAGCGCAUCCUGCUCACCGACCCCAAGAACCGCGAGUCGUUUGACUGGAUCAACCGCUCGCUGAUCGCCGUCACUCUCGACCGCUACACCCUCCCCACUCUUCCCACCGAGGACCCAUUGCGUAUGGCCCCGAUCGACGCCCAGAUCCGCAACGCGUUCACGGGCAUCAACGGCGGCCGCAACCGUUGGUACGACAAGUGCCUGACCGUCGUCGUGGAGAACUCCGGCCGUGCCGCCGUCAUGGGCGAGCACUCGCCCAUUGACGCGCUCAUCCCCUCGUUUGUUAUUGACUAUGCGCUCGAGGAGGCCGUCGACGAGUCCAAGUACGAUGCGGCCCUUAACGACUCGGCCAACGGUUGGCUGCGCAACGACUUCGUCGUCGACGAGGAGAUGAAGGAGGAGAUUGUGGCGUGCGCUGGUCGUAACCAGGCGCUUAUCUCGGACAGCGACGUCAGCACCCUCUGGUGGGCCGAGUACGGCACCGACUGGAUCAAGAAGCAGGCCAAGAUGGCACCUGACGCCUUCAUCCAGCAGGUGCUUCAGCUCGCGUGGUACCGUGACCAGGGGUACGCCUCGGCAACUUACGAGACGGCCUCGACGCGCGCGUUCAAGCACGGACGGACAGACGUCAUCCGCUCGCUCACUCCCGAGUCGCGCGAGUUUGUCAAGGCGAUGCAGGACCCCACCGUGUCUGACGAGACCACGCACGCCUUGCUCCAGAAGGCGACUAUCGCCCACAACACAUUCACCAAGGAGUCGUCGAACGGCCAGGGCAUCGACCGCUAUUUCAUGGGCCUCAAGGUCCAGCUCCGCCCCGGAGAGACCCACCCCAUCUUUGAGGACGAGAUGUACUCGAAGUCGCAGGAGUGGAAGCUUUCCACUUCGGGCCUGUCGUCGGGUAUCCGUUUCAUGGCGACUGGCUUCGGCUCGGCCUGGCCUGAUGGGUACGGCCUCAACUACAUGGCCGGUCCCUUCCUCAUCAAGUUCGGCCUCGAGUCCAAGGUGUCGUGCGACGUGACCUCGACCGCACGCUUCAAGCACCGCAUUGCCCAGGCGUUCCGCGACCUGCGCGAGCUGUGCGAGAAGGUCGGUGGCGCGCAGAAGGAGGGCGACAAGGCCAAGCUCUAA